GGCGGUGCCCGGGCCGGGGAGGCGGUGCCUGGCGGGGAGGACGGACCGAGCGGGGGAGUUUAUCCCACCAGAAGGGAACAAUUUCUCCCGCUGAGACUUGACAGCGCCAGGGAUUACAAUGGUUGACACAGAAAUGCCGUUUUGGCCCCUCAAUUUUGGAAUCAGUCCAGUGGACCUGUCUGCCAUGGAGGAUCACACACAUUCCUUUGACAUCAAGCCAUUCACCACUGUUGAUUUUUCCAGCAUUUCUUCACCACACUAUGAGGAUAUUCCUCUUGCCAGGACUGAUCAGACAAGCAUCGAUUACAAAUACGAUCUCAAGCUCCAGGACUGCCAAAGUGCAAUCAAAAUGGAGCCUCCUUCCCCACCCUAUUUUUCAGAAAAAGUUCAGUUGUACAACAAACCUCAUGAGGAGUCUUCCAACUCCCUCAUGGCCAUCGAGUGCCGCGUCUGUGGGGACAAAGCCUCCGGGUUUCACUACGGGGUGCACGCGUGUGAGGGCUGCAAGGGCUUUUUUCGGAGAACCAUCAGAUUAAAGCUGAUUUAUGACAGGUGUGACCUCAACUGCCGCAUCCACAAGAAGAGCAGAAAUAAAUGUCAGUACUGCAGGUUCCAGAAGUGCCUGGCUGUUGGAAUGUCCCACAAUGCCAUCAGGUUUGGGCGAAUGCCACAGGCGGAGAAGGAGAAGCUCCUGGCAGAGAUCUCCAGCGACAUCGAGCAGUUAAACCCCGAGUCUGCUGAUCUCCGGGCACUUGCCAAGCACUUGUAUGACUCAUACAUCAAGUCCUUCCCUCUCACCAAAGCCAAGGCGAGGGCGAUCUUGACAGGAAAGACGACAGACAAAUCACCAUUCGUUAUCUACGACAUGAACUCUCUGAUGAUGGGAGAAGAUCAGAUCAAGUGCAAACACGUGUCCCCACUGCAGGAGGAGAACAAGGAGGUGGCAAUUCGCAUCUUCCAGCGGUGCCAGUUCCGCUCCGUGGAGGCAGUGCAGGAGAUCACAGAGUUUGCCAAGAACAUUCCAGGUUUUGUGAGUCUUGACCUGAAUGAUCAAGUAACUCUCCUGAAAUACGGGGUCCAUGAGAUCAUUUACACUCUCCUGGCUUCUCUGAUGAAUAAAGAUGGAGUUCUUAUAUCUGAUGGACAAGGAUUCAUGACACGGGAGUUUCUGAAGAGCCUGAGGAAACCUUUUUGUGACUUUAUGGAGCCCAAGUUUGAGUUUGCUGUGAAGUUCAAUGCACUGGAAUUAGAUGACAGUGACCUGGCAAUAUUUAUAGCUGUCAUUAUACUAAGUGGAGAUCGCCCGGGCCUGUUAAAUGUGAAGCCCAUUGAAGAUAUCCAGGACAAUCUGCUGCAAGCUCUGGAGCUCCAGCUAAAGCUGAACCACCCCGAAUCCUCCCAGCUGUUUGCAAAGCUGCUGCAGAAAAUGACGGACCUCAGACAGAUUGUAACAGAGCACGUGCAGCUCUUGCAAAUCAUCAAGAAAACGGAGACAGACAUGAGCCUGCACCCACUCCUACAGGAAAUCUAUAAAGACUUGUAUUAAUGACCAGAGUAGUUCUAAUCCCCUGACAUAAUGUAUGUUCUUCAGAUUGCACUAUUUCUUUGAGGGAAAACUCUGCAUACCUAAGAAAUUACUGUGAAACAGCAUUUAAAGAGAGAGAGAGCUUAGUAUAGUAGAUCUAUUUUAUGCAUAUUGUUUAUAAAGACACAUUUACAAUUUACUUUUAAUAUUAAAAAAUAUCUAUAUUAUGAAAUUUUUUGGCAGUAUUUUCAGAAUGAAUUUUUUAAAAAACUAUCUUAUUUCUUAAAAUUGCUUGUCAAGUAUGAUUGAUGCUUCACUGAAGUUGGUUAAGCAUGCAGUUAAAACUUUCAAUUUAAAAAAUAAAAACCUUUCUCCU